UACGCACUAACGCGAGUAACGAUUUCGAGAAGAAUCUGUACAAGUUGAUGAACAACGCCGUCUUCGGCAAGACCAUGGAGAACGUGCGCAAUCGCGUGGACGUUCGACUCGCGACCCGAUGGGACGGUCGAUUCGGAGCCGAGGCGCUCAUCUCCAAGCCGAAUUUUCACAGUAGAAGCGUAUUCUCGGAGAAUCUCAUGGCCGUGGAAUUGCGCAAAUUGGAGGCGAAGAUCGACAAACCGAUCUACGUAGGCAUGUCGAUUCUCGAUAUAUCCAAGAUUCGUCUGUACGCGUUUCACUACGAAUACAUGUCGCCGCUCUACGGCGAUAAGUGUAAGAUAUUGUACACCGACACGGACAGUCUCAUUUAUAGCGUAGAGUGCGAGGACGCGUACGAGCGGAUGAAGCGCGACGUCGAUAGAUUCGACACGAGCGAUUACGCCGUCGACAAUCCCUACGGCGUGCCGCGCGCGAAUAAGAAGGUUCUCGGUCUGAUGAAGGACGAGAACAACGGCGCUCUCAUGCUCGAGUUCGUCGGACUCAGAGCGAAGAUGUACGCGUUGCGAGUCGAGGGUAGAGGCGACACUAAGAAGAGCAAGGGCGUUAGGAGCAGCGUCGUCGCGAGAACGCUGACGUUCGACGAUUACGAGCGCUGCCUGAGACGCGAGAUCGAGAUGACUCGCGAGCAAGUAGCGAGGAUAAGGGGUGGACGAAAUAAGUAUUACCACAGAUUCAUUGAGCUGCAUCUUUUAAUAUCCAGUAACUGUUCGAGUAGAGUCAUGAAGUAA